AUGUCAUCUGUGCGUGCUUCCCUGGUGCUUGAUACAAGUCGGCGGACCUUCUGCAGAUCACAGUUCCCCUGCUCGCAGAGCCGGAGAUUUUGCCGGCCAGGCAGCAUCAUCUACAGGGACCUGAGACAGAAUGACAACAAGUUCAACCCAUGUUUUGCGCAUUUCGCUAUUUACACUGGUGAUGUGGGCCCUUACAAGGCCUGUGCCAUCGGUGCCAACCCGGGUGGUAUUCAGAUAGAACGUGUGGAUCUGGUGGGCGUCUCGAACUGGGCAGUCUUCCAAGAGAAGCAGACAUCGAAGGAGGGUACAGCGGUUGUAAACAAGGCACUGAAUGCAUACCGGCAACGACAGUGGAAGUAUGAUAUGGUUUUCAGCAACUGCGAGCAUUUUGCCUGCAAGAUGUUCGAUCUCCCCCCCUUGUCUUUGCAAGCGGCGUUCGGGAACGUCGCCGUUCAUGCUGGUGGUGCUGCACUGUACAGCUAUGGG